CGGAUACGCCGAAGCAUGGUCAUCGUCACAUGGUGGCCAGCCUUGCUCCCUCUUUCAGGCAUAUGCUAUGUCCCACAAGGGCAAGGCGACGUCUGACGUCAGAUACAACCCGGAGGACGGGCCCGAGGCAUACAGCAACCCGAUGGCCCACGCCCGCCUCAGUGCGUACUCAGCGAUGGCAAGGGAUGUGCAUGGUCCAGAGUUUGAUCCGGCCACCGAGGAUCUUGAUGGAGAAGUUGUUAUGAGGGUUGGAGGAGGUAAGCAUCAUGGGCGGUAUUGGCUUGCCGACGGCGCAAUUGACUCGUCCUCUACUCCUAGUCUAUCUCAGAUUAGAGCAAGAAGCACGAGUGCGAGCCCAGUCAUACGACCUCGGCAGGACACUUCACAGUACCGCAUACAGGCACUUCAGGCCCAAUUAGAAGAAGAGAGGAGGCUACGUGUGGAGAACGAGCAGAGGAUGAGGGACAUUUUUGCCUACAUGCAGACUCUUGGCGCCGCAGCGGGUGUAUCUCCACCACCUUCGUUGUUCGCUUCACCUCUGCGGCCUCCUGCUGAGUUUUCUACUCCUGUGAGUAUAGAUAAGUUUUAG